GAGAGGCUGAGAUUUACUGAAGCAUUUUGUUGUUUAGCUAGCUAGCUGACAACAUCAUUUACAAAUAGCUCUACUUCCCAGAGCUAACUUUUAUGGCAUAAUGCUGGAUCAUUAUUUUGACAAACUUGGAGUCGCAGGUGAAUAAAGGGACUGUUACAGGGCCACUAUGAGCCAAGCUGGGGAGCAGACCAACCCUCCCAGUGGAGGAGGUGAGGAGGAGACUACUCCUUUAUCAGCCCUGGCUCCUGAUGCUGCCCUACAGGAGGAGAGCCUGGCCCUGGGCCCCACUCACGUCUCUGCCAUCCCAGCCUUCCAGUGCUUAGACCAGCUGUUCUCUACUGGGAAGAUCAGCGGGACCAAAGCAGCGAAGCUCAAAGCCAGUUUCAGCCUCCUCCAUGACACCUUGAAAAGGUCUCAGCAGUCAGAGAUCUGGCUGCUGCAGGAGGCCAAGCAGUUCAGAGCAGAGUUGGAGCGCCAGCAGAGAGAUCUGGAGACGGCUGAGCAGUUCCCUGAGGGGCCGGACACAGAGGUCAGCCGCAUGAGACAGCAGCUCCUCAAGUUCCACAACGACCUGCAUCAGGCAGAGGAGAGGGACUACCAGAUGAACUACCAGCUAGAGUGUCUCACAGAAGAGAAGCUUUGCCUGGAGAAAGAGUAUGAGUCUCAACCCAAACCAGUUGAGCUGGAGAAGCGUGCGAAGGCCCUGAAGGACAGCAGUGAGGAGCUGAGGAAGGAGGUGUCUCAGAGGAGACAGGAGAUACACAGCCUGCUGGAGGACAUGGAGGCCAGACACAAACUGAUGACCAGGGAGCAGAGAGAACUGGACCACAAGAAGGACAGCAUAGUAAACAACCAGGCUGAGUUGGCCCAGCUUCUGUCUGUUCCUGGCCAGUUGGGGAAGGAGAUUGAGAGGAUCAACAGGAAAAAGAUGGAGGUUGAGAAAAGUAAGGCGGCCCUAGACGAGCAGCUGUCUGAGGUGGCGGCUCUGCAGAAGAGGACAGAGGCUCGCUGUCGCUCCCUGGAGGAGGAGAAGAGGGAGGUGAGGAGGCAGGUGGAGGGGCGCAGGGCACACCUGGAGGCUGCCGAGAGGGAACACAGCAUGCUGCAGAAAGAGCAGGAGAUGACCAAGGAGAAGGAGGUCAUUAUGAUGGGACAGAGAGGUAUGCUGGACAUCAAUACAGGCCACUGCAUCAUGGAAAGGAAGACCGCGCAUGAGAACCUGGCACAAAAGCAGCGUGAGAGGGACCGGCAGCUCAGAGAGCUGAAGAAGGUGGAGCUGCAGCUCAAACAGGCCCAGGACGCGCUGGUCUACACUCAGCUACUGCAUGACAAGACCAAGUCUACAGUUAGUUCACAGUUCACACACUAACACCAAACAGGCCCACAGUGUUCUGGUCCACACUCAGCUACUGCAUGACAAGACCAAGUCUACAGUUAGUUCACAGUUCACACACUAACACCAAACAGGCCCACAGUGUUCUGGUCCACACUCAGCUACUGCAUGACAAGACCAAGUCUACAGUUAGUUCACAGUUCACACACUAACACCAAACAGGCCCACAGUGUUCUGGUCCACACUCAGCUACUGCAUGACAAGACCAAGUCUAUAGUUAGUUCACAGUUCACACACUAACACCAAACAGGCCCACAGUGUUCUGGUCCACACUCAGCUACUGCAUGACAAGACCAAGUCUACAGUUAGUUCACAGUUCACACACUAACACCAAACAGGCCCACAGUGUUCUGGUCCACACUCAGCUACUGCAUGACAAGACCAAGUCUAUAGUUAGUUCACAGUUCACACACUAACACCAAACAGGCCCACAGUGUUCUGGUCCACACUCAGCUACUGCAUGACAAGACCAAGUCUACAGUUAGUUCACAGUUCACACACUAACACCAAACAGGCCCACAGUGUUCUGGUCCACACUCAGCUACUGCAUGACAAGACCAAGUCUACAGUUAGUUCACAGUUCACACACUAACACCAAACAGGCCCACAGUGUUCUGGUCCACACUCAGCUACUGCAUGACAAGACCAAGUCUAUAGUUAGUUCACAGUUCACACACUAACACCAAACAGGCCCACAGUGUUCUGGUCCACAGCUCUGCUGCACGACAAGUCAAUGGAGUUCACAGUUCACACACAGCUCCUGCACGACCUCCACUUUCAACAUGUAUGGACUCUGUAACGGUAUCUCUCUCUCACUUUAACAUUUGUUAUUUUAUAGAUUUUAAUUGGUUGACAUGUCAUC